AAAAAAAAAAAAGUUGAGCAGAGGCAGAGCAACAAGGAAACGAAGACGACGACGACCCGAAGGCGAAGAGGGAGAAGAAGAUGGUGAAGCCCACCGACCCGAUGCUAUGGCACAAGGUGGCCGCCGUCUCCGGUGUUGCUGCUCUUGGACUUGGCACCUACGGAGCGCACAUGUUCCGCCCCCAGAACCCUAGAUACAAGGAGAUUUGGCAGACCGCGUCCCUCUACCAUCUCGUCCACACCGCGGCGUUGGUCGGAGCUCCCAUCACCAAGCGCCCCAACAUCUUCGGAGGUCUACUUACUACUGGAAUUGUGCUCUUCUCUGGAACGUGCUACACCGUGGCUUACCUUGAGGACAGGAAGUUCUCUUCACCAGCACCAAUUGGUGGCUUUGCAUUCAUCGCUGCCUGGGCCAGCCUGCUCUUCUGAUUGUAUCCGAGUCGUAGCCGGUGAAAACUAUGUUUACUCUACCCGAGGGUUUGUAUUUGUUGCUCUACUAGGUGAUGGUUGUACUGAUGUGCCACAAGUCUAGAAGAAUUGAAAUAAAAUAAUUCGCCUUGAUGUUUCACA